AUGCAGGGGGCUGACUGCUUCUACGGUGCCAUGCGGGACAGGGCCAAUCUCCUUUGGAGAGUGCAGCGAAUGUGGUGCCAAGCGUGCCAGAAGAUCAUCUUGGGCUUUGAAGAGCAGGAUGCCUUAGACAUCUUCGUGGCACACUUGAGAGGAAAAGAUCACGCAAAAAAGGUGAGGCAGUUGACGGAAGAUCAGGUGUGGCAAAGAUUCCAAAGCAUCGCGAAUUGCAGCAUUUGGCUGAAUCACCGCUCUGGUGAAGUCUGGAAAGACAGGAGCUGCCUCUGGCAAGCUUCAACGGAGGAAGAGAUGCACUCCCAAAAGAGGCCCUUGGACUGGUCGGUGUGGCACCGCACGGUGCACGCGCGGGAGGCGAGCCUGCAGAGGCCCCUCACCGCGUUCCUCCAUGCCUCGGACCCGGGGAACGGCACGGUGGACACGGUCGACACCGCGCGCGUGGCUGACCACUCAGGCGAGCCGGCAAAGGCCCUAACCAGUCUUCGGCCGCAUGCCUACCAGCUCAAGACCCAGCUCUGGGAGGACAUGGUGGAGAAGGAUGAAAUCAAGCGGGACUUGACUGCUUCAUCCUUCGAUUGGAAGACGUAUCUCCAGGGAAUGCCAAAGCUGCAGAACGACCUGCAGGUGUUGUCCUUCUGUGCCGAGCUCCACAGGAGCGCCAGAUGCAGGUGGACGGACUUGCCGCAGUUCCAUUUUGUGGCAUACACCGAGAAGUGGCGGAUCCUUAUAAGCCAGCACAGAGACAGGAGAUGCAUCCUCAUCUAUGAAGAUCUGCGCGGGAACUUCCUUUGUCUUGAGGAUGCGCCGCUUGGAGAAUGCCCUCGCGCGCCAAAUCCGCGCGAGAGCGACGUGGUUCAAGCGUUUGGAGGAAACUCCUGGCACAUGCGGAGGCUGAAGAAGAAGUUCGGCGCCACUGGCAGCUUCAAGGAGCUUGUGAAGAAGUUCCUCCGCAUAGGUGGCGAUCUCUUGGAUUUUGCUUGCCGGCAUGACCUGCUGGAGUUCUCUGGUGUACGCCUGCACUGGCGGCUGAAGAGCGACCAAGUGGAGCAGGAUUGGCGAGCCUUCUUGAGGAAAGAAGGGCAGGCAUGCGGCUUCGGUGACGCGAUCUUUGAUGAGGCUGUGGACUGCCACAUGAUGCACGAGGACAUCAGCCGCGCUUUGGACCGCUUUCUGCAGGCCGGAAGUGCUGCCGCAUGGUCUGCGUGCUGCGUGCAGAUCCGGCGCUGUCGCCAGUGCACCGACCACUUCCAGGCAGCUCUGCUGGCGCCGUCGGUGCAAGACGCAUGGAGGCACGUGGGUGAUAUGCUUUGGUCUGGAAAUUGGACACUGCCCGUGGACAAGAUCUACUUCACACAUUCGUGGAUCAGCCGCCGUUUCAAGGAGGGCUCGCAUUUGCAGAGCACCGUGGGCCAGCUGCUCUCUGGCCGAACCAGCGUGCAGCAGAUACCCCAGAUCCGAGUGCUGCACUACCACGGCAAAUACCAUUCCGUCGACAAUCGCAGACUGUGGUGCUUCAAGGAAUACCAGCGGCAGUCCGGAAUCCCGUGUUGGACCCGUGUGACGCUGCACUCGUUGGCCGGGCCUGGCAAGCUGGCGGGCCAGCGCAACUUCCUUCUGAAGUUCUUUGAUGCCUUCUCUAGCAGGAACGAAGGGGAGUUCGUCCAGAUCAGGUCCAUAACGUCUUUCGCCUGGCAGGAACCCUGCAUCAACGAGGAGCUGCAGGGGCUGCAGUUGGCUCUCCAUCGACUCCACUGCGAGCACCAGGAGGCGCACAGCAGCAGCGAGCUGCGGCGCAGCGAGGCCCAGGCGGAGGCGCAGGCGAGCUCGGAGCUGCAGCGCCGUUUGGCCAGGCGCUCGCAGUGCCGCGCGGAACUGUCCCGAGAUCGCCAGCUCUUUGGGUUCCCAGUGCCAGCCAUGGAGCGGAACAUCGAUGCCACGCUCUGCCUCGAGAAGCCGAGCGGAUUCGAGAACCCGCUAGAGCUGGAGCUGCGCAAGCUUCGGCAGUUCCUGGAGGAGCAAUUUUCGACUCAGCUGCAGCUGCUCCAAGAACUUAAGAAGCCCAGUGAGGCCCACUCGGCCGGACCCGCACGGACAACAAGAGUGGCGGCGCCAGUUGGCCCUGCAGCGGGGGACAUGUCCUUGGGCGCCAUUUCGCACACAGGAGACAUCCUCCCGAACCUUCGCCGCGUCGAAGCGACCCCCAGCGGCCCUACAUCUGUGGCCAGCGAGCCCGUAUCGUCGGUUGAAACCGCUGACUGGGGCAAGCAGCACGAGAAGGAGCGCAGGAAGCAGGCCCACGAAGCUCAACGCAAGGCUCUCCCACCGGUCUUUUCUGGUGAGUUCACUGACCAGGCAGCACCGACUCCCAGCGCAUACCUCCAGUUGACGGUCGCCUCGGGCCUCAUCGUGAAUUCGUCCUACUUCGCCAUUGGCAUCCAGAUGGUGAUCUUGGGGAAUCUGCUGAUCCUGGGCAUAGAGGUAGACACCGCUGCGGCAUUGCCUUUGGGGCAGGUGCCUGCCUGGUUCCAGGUGGCAAACUAUUUCAUCGUGGCUGUGUUCACUGUGGAGCUGCUGUUGAAGUUCAUGGCAUUUGGAUGCCGGGAGUUUUUCUGCAGCCGCGACAGAGUUUGGAACAUGUUUGACAUGAUCAUCGUGUUCAUCUCGCUUAUGGAGACUGGUAUCGAGCUGGUGGCUAAAGCGGCUUCAGCCGGCGCGGACAUGAACACCAGCCACCUCCGUGCCAUGCGUUUAGCGCGCUUGGUCCGGACUCUGCGGAGUGUGCGCGUCAUCCGGCUCCUGAGGUACGUCAGCUCCUUGCGCACCAUCAUGAUCUCCAUCGUGAGCACCAUGGGAUCGCUCUUCUGGACUUUGGUCUUGCUGCUGCUGGUCUUCUACACCUUCGCAGUGAUUCUGACACAGCUCGUGUCGGACUACUGCAAGUACGACCUGCAAGUAGACACAUUGGCCUCCUGCAACUACCACGACGUUGCCUAUUGGUCCAGCGUCCCAGAAAGUAUGCUGACCCUCUUCUUGUCCAUCUCGGGCGGCCUCAGCUGGAUAGAUGCGCUGUCGCCUUUGCGCCAGAUCGGGCCAAUUGCGGUGGGAAGCAUGUUGCUGUAUAUUGUGCUGACCAUCUUUGCAAUUUUGAACGUAGUGACCGGCGUAUUUUGCAACAACGCGAUCGACAGUGCAAAGGCUGACAAGGACAUUGCAGUCAUGAAGCAGAUGCACAAGCACGAGUCAGGGCGUUGCGUGAAAUCUUUGCGGAGAUCGACGGGGACUCCUCAGAGAAGAUUACCUUCAGUGAAUUGA